UGGUCCGUAUUGGACAAUCGAUUCCCUCUGCCGAUGUUGUCCAUAGCGACUCACUGCAACAGUCUGGUGGUGGCGCUGGGAGUUGUGUGGCAGACUUGACAGCACGGCAGUGAGCGCUGCAUCUGUAGUAUGCGAUGUCGCUGUCACUGGGCUAACACUUACAUUGUACACACCGAGGGACCAAGCGCUCCCAGGAUCCCUGUCCAAUUCCAAGGCUGCUAAAUCAAACUCAUGUGACGUCUGGUGCAGGAGGAGUCAGCUACAGUCAAGAUAGGAAGCUCUCUAUCCCUGCGGAGUUUAAUGACGUGCGCCCUUCUUAUGGAUUGAGUGAUUCUCGUGUUUUCGGACAGAUGGGAGUAGAGAUAUACUUGUAACCUCAUUGAAGUGUGCUUUGCCUAAACGCCUUUUUAAAAUGACCUCGUCGGACAUGCGCAUCGAGGGUGUUGGGGGUCAGGAAGGGGACAUAACCCGUGUUAUCAGCAUUGUGGACAAAACGGAUUGCUGUCUCAACAUGACGACGUCUUCUUCUCUGUACAACAUCAUAGACGGCAACCUGAGUGUUUUUAACAACAUUACUCCAUCGGGAUCCGACCUGGAAUCCAUGAAGAUGGAAAUGCCUCUGUAUCUCAUCCUGUAUUUCACAAUAAUCAACACCGUCGUGUUUCUCACGGGAAUUAUAGGGAACACCCUGGUUAUACAGGUCAUAGUGAGGCUCAAGUCCAUGAGGACCCGGAUGAACUACUUCCUGAUGAGUCUAAGUGUGGCGGAUCUGCUCGUGCUCCUCGUGUGUCAGCCGUCCGCCAUGUUGGAGUUCUACGGCAAGGACCGAUGGAUGCUUGGAGAAGUUAUGUGCAAGAUCGUCCCCUUUCUGGAACACGCCUCCCUCCACUCCUCCGGCCUCACCCUCCUCACCAUCGGCUUCGAACGCUACCUCGCCAUCUGUCACCCCCUGAAGGAGCACAGAGGGUGCCACCUGGCGAGCGCCUGCAUCGUCAUCACCGUCAUUUGGCUCGUCUCCUACGUCAUGUCCCUGCCCUUCGUCUUCAUCACCUUCAUCGAGGACGCGACCUUCAACGUGGACGGCUCGACGGUCCAAGUGUGUCGCACCAUGACGUCCGGCGUGUGGCAGAGAACGUACAUCCUGUUCGUGUUUGUGUUCCUGUUUGCGCUUCCGUUGUGCAUGCUGGUCUUCAUGUACGCCGGCAUCAUCUGCAAGCUUUGCCACCUGACGGCAGACAACUACCCCGGAGACUACACCAACAGCAAAACCAUCAACUCUCGGAAACAAGUCGUCAACAUGCUUAUCGCCAUUAUGGCCUUGUUUUUUCUAUGUUUGUUGCCGAUGCGACUCGUGAUCAUCCUUGUGAUAUUUGUGCCUCCAAACGUCCUACAGGACAUGGGCUUUGAAACUUAUCAGAAUAUACUGUCUUUUGCGAGGAUCAUGAUGUAUGUUAACAGCGCUGGCAACCCUAUCAUAUAUGGGUUAUUAUCCUCUAAAUUUAGAGUUGCGUUCAGGCGCUGCGUUCCAAACUGUAAGGAUAGUAUGUAUGUGAGAGAAUCUGCUGCCUCCACCAGAAGAACGGGAAAGAACACGUGCAUGAUACCUUUAAACCCAGUCAAUGGGUGUAAUGGGACUGCCAUAUAGUGGCAAUGCGUUUUAUUUGACUAACCAGUUCGAAAUAUGUUUUCGUGAUGUUAAUGUACUGAUAUUGUUAUUUAAAGAAUAAAUUUGACUCAUUAAUAUCUAAA